AUGAAACCAAGUGUUGAUUUGUUUAAAUCAUUGUAUGACGGAGCCGUCUGGCUAUAUAAUGAUUAUGCAGCUUAGAAAAAUAGAUAAUAAUAUGAAGAUUAUUUUUAAAUAGAUAUGUUGUAAUGGGAGAUUAUAAAUAAUUUGAAAAAUGGCAGCUAGAAUUUGGAAGAAAUACUCUCACGAAUUGAGAAAAUACAUGAAAAUCUAGUGAAAAAUGCAAGUAAUUGGAAAAAUCAUUUUUUGUGGAUUUAAAUGAUUGGAAAAAUCAUAACUUAUCAUCCUCUCAUAACAAAAAAAAAAUUAAAUCAGCUAACUAGCCCUUUCAAUUUUGAAACCAAAUCAAGGUAAAUAUGGAAGGAAUAUCUGAACAAAGGAUUUCUAAUGUAAUUGAAUUAUAGCAAUGACUAAGCUGUAGUUUUACUUAAUUAAUUUAAAAAUAAAGAAUUAACUUAAAUUGAUAAAUUAAUACUAGAAGACACUUUCAUAGAAUGGGAAAACCUCAUGUUGCUUAAAGAUUUCUUAAUGAAUGAAAAAACUGAUAAUAACUAUUUCACAUUUGGUUCGUAUUUAAAAUUAAAGUUAGGAAGCAGUUUGGCAAUAUUUAACAAUUUCUUGAUUUCAUCCAUUUCUAAUAAAUUGCUCGCUUUAAUUCAGGAAAAUUAUGAUUACUUGGUAGUCAUAGUUAAAAAUUAUAAAAAUUUUAUCAAAUAAAAUAAAUAUUUUAAUGACACAAUAGAAUAAGCCAAAUCUAAUUCAUAAUUAAAAAAAAUAAAUCUCAACUUCAAAGGAUAUUUCCUAAACACUCAAAAAAUCAUUAAAAUUAUUAGGCUUUGUUUUAGGAAAUAAAAUUUUUAGCUAGAAUAACUUGAAUAGAAAAAGGGUAAUGAAUUCAAAAUAGUAUAAAAACUGAAAUAUAUUAUGAGACUGUUAGAAUAAAUAUUAUCAUAAGCAAUUUAAGAUACUAAAGAGAAUAGAACUGAACCUGAUGAAAGCAGAGUGAUUUAGUAAUAGAUAGAGUUGAUUUAGAAGAAAUUAUAAAAUUUAAAUCUAACAGAAAAAUAAUUUUCCUUCAUGAAUAAGUUGAAUUAGAAGCUAUUUGCCUUACCCAAUUAUGCUCUUAACUAGAGGAGUUUUUUGAAAGAAGCUCAAUGCAUGUUAAAACUUAUUGAACAAACUGAAAAAUAAGUCUCAGAGCUAGAAAUUUUUUUAAUUCAAAAGGAUAACUUAAUUCAAUACUUUAAAUUUUAAUUGAAUAACCUGAAUACUUAUUAUGAACACCAGGUCUAUAAACUCCAAAAUUACUUUACUUAAUUAAAUUUAAGUUUGAAGACAUUUCUAAUUUUACAAUAUGAAAUAGAGUCAGUUUCAUAACCUGAAAAAUUAAAAGAAAUUUAAUUAAAAUAUUCUUAAAAAGUUUCAUUUUAAUGUCUACUCGAAUAAAGAUUGAACAUGUUAAAGCUAAGUUUGAAAUUAAUUGUUUUCAAGGAAUGCUUUUAAAAUAUAUUAACAAUACCAUCAAAAGAAUUUAAAAAAUUACAAUAUGAUAUCAAUUUAGAUGAGUUUCUGAUUGAUGUAGUUUAGAAUUAUCCAAAACGCAUAAUGUGCUGUGACAGUUCAAUAAAAAGUUAGGCCAUUGCAGAAUUAAGUAAUUUAUAAAUUACUGAACAAGACUAUCAAAAUAAUUUAAUUAUAUUUAAAGGUAGUUUAGAAUAUCUUAUAUUGUAAUUAACUUUAGAAGAACAAAAGAUUGACUUAGAAAGAAUAGAUUUAGAAUAAAUUGAAAAGGAAUUUGGAGAAUUAUUUAUAGAAGAAAUCAAUCCCCCUACUAUUACUGAAGUAAUAAUGAAAAUAGUAAAAGAUUUUUCAAUAGACAUUUCAUUAAACAUUAUGGAAAAUAAAUCUCUCAAUCAAAAUUAAUUGAAAAUAGAGAAAGAAAAGUAUGAGAUAUUGCUGUAAUAAUUAAGAAAAAUUAACUACUAAGAAAAUUGUGAGGAGGUAGAAUAAAUGAAGUUACUAAUCAGUCAGAUUUAAAUCGUUUUUCUAUUAUUGAAAGCUUCCAUUAACUAAGACUUAGAAAUUUUUAGAAUGCCAACAAUAAAAAAAAUGAAAGAAUUAAAAGAAAAAUUUGAUGAAUUUAAAAAAAAUUAUUGUGAUAUGACCAAUAAAACUGAUAAAGUUAAUCAAAUAAUUGUUAAAGAUUAAAAUAAUGAUGUCCAACACAAAAUUAGAUUAAAUUUAUCAAUCAUUAUUAAUGUUCUAUAAUUAUUAUUAAUAAAAACCAGAUAAACCAAGCAAAACUUAGUCUAAUUCCUUGAAAAUGUUAACAAUUUUACUAAAAGCCUUGAUGUACUUCAAGAAUAUCACUUGGAGAUAUAUACAAGUUUUUCAAGUUUUUAUUAAAACCACUUAAACUCCUUUAAGGAAUAACAAUUCACAACUGCUAAUUUAAAAUAAUUGUAAGCAGAAACAAGUAAAGAUUGCUUUUAAAGAAUUUAGGUCAAAUUGUAAGGUUAUAAUUUAACAGGUGAAAAUAAUGUUUAAUCAACAAAUGUAGUUGAUUUUCUCUAUUAGUUAAUGGCUGAAGCAAAAGAAUAAUUAAUAAAGUCUAAGUGGAAAUUCAAAGAAAAUAAGUUUGAUCAAGAGUAACUAAUUUAAUUAACUAAAAUAAUAUACCUACAAGAAAAUGAUGAAUAUGAAUUUUAAACUAUUCAAUAAGAUUUAUUCUCUAAAGUUGAAUACAAUGAUGAUGAAUGGAAAAUUAAAUAGGGUUUAGUGUUAACAAUUAUUUAGAUUUCAUAGCAAAGCUUUACAGAAAAAAUUACUCGAUUUUGUUAAAAAGAGCUAAUUUAAUUAUGGGUUCAAGAAAAAGAUCUUAGAGUUAGAAAUCUUCUAAAAAAUGAAAAAUUGAUAAGUCUGUAAAUGCAGAUUUUCUCGAAAGAUUGGUAGACUUAACAUGAUAGAAUUGCAGCAGAAAUGUAGAAAAUGUUGAACAGAAUUGAUGAAUUGUAGGAAUAAAUUUCUCAUGAGGCUAAUCUCAACAAGCGAGAUAUUCAACUAAAAGAACUUGAUGAAACGACUGAGCAAUUAGAUUAAUAAAUUGAAAAUAUCAGUGAAAUGGGUUAAUAACUUAGACUGCUAACUGACUUUGUUAAUCAUAUCAGAAAAGGCUUGAUUAGAGUGGAGGGAAAAAUCAAUGAAAUGAAGGAAUAACUCAAAAGCCUAGGAAAAUCUGUUGAAUAAUUGUUUGAAAUUAGAAAAUGGAAGGUAUUGAAAGAAGCUGCAGUUAAAAAUGCUAAAUCCAUUUACAUACCAUUAGAAACCAAAGAAAUAUCUCAUAAAGUAUUUUAAUAAAUCUUGAACAAAUUGAUGAUACAAAUGGAGAAGUGA